UUUUGCGAGAUAUCGCGAGAAAACACUCAGGCCUAAUUAUUUAACGUACUUUUUAGGAUCUCACACACUAUUACAAAACAACACUUUGUAGAAAACAAGAAAACAUCCGUAGUUCUUAGUUGUUUUCCCACUUGCUGAAUCAAAGUAAUUAUCAGCGUACUUGUAAUAAAAGCUGGACUUUGGUUGCGAAUCAAAGUUCAAUCUUCUCAGGUCUAGAUCAGCAGCGACGUUAACAGGUUUUCUUCACCAUGCAGGAACAUUUCCACCUGAACACUCCUCUCCUGGAGAGUGUCAGCAUGUCUAAACUCCUGGGAACCACCGUCUAUAUGAAGAUGGAGAAUUCCCAGCCCUCCGGUUCCUUUAAGAUCCGGGGAAUCGGACACCUCUGCCAGCAGCUCUCCGGGCGGUCCAGAGGAGUUGUGUGUGCUUCAGGUGGGAAUGCAGGAAUGGCUGCUGCUUAUGUUGCCAGGAAAAUGGGUGUUCCAGCCACCAUUGUUGUCCCGUCCUCGAGUCCACAGCUGGUGGUCCGGAGACUCCAGGACGAGGGUGCUACUGUCAGGAUUGUUGGGAAGGUUUGGGACGACGCCAAUGCUGAAGCUCUCAGACUGUCAGAGUCUGAGGGUCUGACCUUCGUCCCUCCGUUCGAUCACCCCUUUCUGUGGGAAGGCCACGCCAGCAUGAUAGCAGAAGUCUCCGCCUCUCUGGGUUCUGGUGUGAAGCCAGGGGCCAUCCUGCUGUCUGUGGGUGGGGGGGGCCUGCUGUGUGGGGUCAUCCAGGGCAUGAAGGAUGUCGGCUGGAUGGACGUUCCCAUCAUCGCCAUGGAGACGGUGGGGGCGGACUGCUUAAAUGCUGCUAUAAAGGCAGGGAAGGUGGUGACGUUGGAUGGCAUCACCAGUGAGGCGAAGUGUCUGGGAGCGAAGACGGUUUGUCAGCGAGCGUUCGAGUACAGCCGGAGCGGCGAGCCGAAGAUCAUCUCUGAGCUGGUGACGGAUCAACAGGCUCUGACCGCCAUCGACACGUUCCUGGAUGAGGAGCGUGUGCUGGUGGAGAUGGCUUGUGGGGCAGCAUUAGCAGCCGUCUACAGCGGACUCAUACGCAGGUUACAGGAACAAGGUCGUCUGCCGACGCCGCUGCGCCCCCUGCUGGUGAUUGUGUGUGGCGGCAGCAGCAUCAACAUGGGAGAGCUGAGCGCCCUGAAGGAAAAACUACACAUUUAGAUUACGUGAAUGGGUCCAGGUCCAUAUAAGGAAUCAGCAGCUGGUUCUGACGAGACGCUGGAGGUUUUUACACAACGUGUUUGAGUUUUACAGGAUUUCCCUGAAUGCCUCGCAGCAGCAGGAUGAGCUGAGGCCAGGAUGAAGGUUAGAAGACCCUGACCCCAUCAGCAAGAGCAGCAGCACAUAGUUCAGCCCCAAUAAGAGAAGAAAUAACGUUUCAUUUUACCAACAGUGAACAACCAGAAAUGUAGAAGAAUAAAAAUCUUAAUUUGAAAACAUAAAAGUUUAAAUUUAGCAUCAUUAUUUUACUGAUCAAUUAUUUUAGUGUUUAAUGUAGUUAGCAUUCAUUUCGGAGCAGAAACCUUCAUGUCUUCUACUAAAAAGCAGAUUUAUGAGAUCUGUUCAUAAAACAGAUCAAGAUAAAACACACAUGCAUGUAUCAGACCCAAAAACGUCCACCAGAACCAGGAAGUCUGAUGGUACCAGAGCCUUUUACAGCUCACUGCUACACACGUCAACUCAGAAUUCAAAUAAUGAUUCGUUCUUUUCAUCCAAUGAUUUCAUUUCAAACAUUUAUAAUUUAAACUCAUAUUUUAAACUAUAAAUGUUUACAUUAACCUCCUGAGACUUGUUUUUAUGUGUUUUUCUUAGUUAUUUUAUUAUGAGGGUUAGGGUUAGCCUGCCAGGUUACAUCUUUCUGGGAGUUUCAAUAAAAUCUGGUUAGUGACAUUUGAAAUUAACAAGCAGGUUUGGCAUUUUUCGUGUGAUCUGAGACUGAUGCGUUGGUGAAUAACAUCUACAGACAAUCCCAACUGUAGCACAUUAGAUUUGGCAAAAUGACACAUUAUUCUGGCAGAGUAAUAAAAAAAGUGAUAUUCAAGCAGAUUUUAAAUUUCAGAGGCAAAUUGGCCGUAAAAACCCUCAAUGUUAAUUAUGUGUAAAACAAAAUAAAUUGAUCAAAUGUGGAAACCAUGUAGUUUAAUUAAUUGAGCUAAUAACUAAUAAUUUUAUAUUGGACAUAGUUCAUUAGAAACUAUAAAGCUAUGGCAGUAAAGUUUUUUUAACUAAAUAUAUUUAUUUUAUUUGAGCUGUUAGUAACCCUCCACCGUGGGUGUAGUUUCACCUAGUUGCCACCAGAUGGCGUUUUAGUGCAGUUAGCUAGCUGCUUAGAGUUCCUGCUUUAGCUCGUUGAUUUAAUCUUGUUAAACAUGAAUAAAUAAAAUAGAUUCGUUGAGUAUUAGUAGUAAAGUCGUUUGCAUAAGUGAAGUCGUUUGUAUAAGUGAAGUCUUUCUGGCUUUCCUGUUAACUACGCUGUCAACAAUAAUUAAAAACUCGUAGACA